GCAGCCGCACUGCGGGUUUUACCGUAGAGAGCGGGAGAUGGCGGUGUUUUGAAGAAGAACCGCCAUUGGCGGUCCCUCGGAUUUAGCCCUUUCCCCACUCUGAGAGGAAGGGAAGCGGGCGAGCACUCCUCACUUGGCCCGAACGGCCACAAUGGGCCGUAAGAGAAGGAGUGGCUGCUCUGAGGCCGCGUCUCCGGCCCCGGUCCCCAGUCCGGCCCUCACCCUGGCCGAGUGUUUGUGCCCGGUUUGUCAGGAGCUGCUGGCCGAGCCGGUGACACCGCCGUGUGGACACUCACUGUGCCUAGGCUGCUUCCAGCAGACGGUAGAAAUCAGUAACCUCAACUGCCCGCUCUGCCGCCGCCGCCUGUCCAACUGGGCCCGGGGUAAGGCCCGAGAAGGCAGCCUGGUGAACACGGAACUGCAGGAGCGGAUCCAGCAGCAAUACCCGCAACUCCAGGCCGAGGAAACCAGUCACGAAGAAGUUGACAGGUUGUGUUCACGGCCUCAACUGUGCAAACCUGGUGAGGUUCGAAAGGAGUACGAAGAGCAGAUUAGUAAGCUAAGGGCAGAACGUCAUGCUCGUGAUGAGGAGGAACAGCGAGCCAGUGAAGACUUAAUUCAGAAAAUAUUGGCAGAAGAGAAGGAGUGGCUAAUGCAUGAGGAAAAGCAGAGGAAGGAAAUGGAUGAACAAUUAAAAAGAGAUGAAGAGCUAGCUCAAAUGCUGAGUAAGGAAGUGAAUUCAACAUACAAGACUCAUCCAGAAAGCUUGACUAGUCAUACAAGACGCACUUCCUUAAAAAUUAAUUCUUCAUCUGUCACCAGGGGAAACAAAUUGAUUCCACGCAGUUCCAGCCCUAUGGGAAAUAUACAGCAGUACUUAUCUCCCACUUCUAAGAAGUAUCGAAAAGCUGAAAGCACUAGAUUGAGAAGUGAUGCCUCUGUUAUAGAGAGCGAAUCUGCAGAUACAGAUGACAGAAUUUCAAAUAGUGACUCAAUUUCAAGUAUUUCUCUACCUUGUUAUGAAGAGGAGCAGGAGCCAAUCUGCAGUUCAGCCCAACCAGCAUUUGCUGAAUGUAUUGGAAGAGUUCCCACUGCAGCCGUUGGAGAUUAUCGGCAGGAAGAUGAGUGUAAUGGUGAGCACAGUCCAGAGGCUGAUGAAAGCGAGUUGGUGGGAGUUUGCAAUGGUGAAUGGAAGGGCAGAGAAAGCUACAAGGAAGAUGUACUACUUGCAGAAUUGAAGAUCAAUUCUAUCAAUAGCAAUAGCGAAGGUGAUCAGUUAAAUUUGACAGAGCUGCAAAAUUUAGGUUACAAACUUGAUCAUGCAUGCACUAGUGCAAGCUGUUAUGAUUUAGGUAAUACAGACUGUGAAACAGUAUGCUAUGAUGACAAUCUUGAAUUAAAACCAAAUUUGAAUCCAAAUCAAGGGACAAAGUACCAGGUUGGGAGUCAAGCUCCCAUUAAAUUAAAAGCAUUGGUGAAAAGAAAAACAUGGAAUUCCUCUGAAGUAGAAGGAGAAACUUGCUCCACUGUUAAAAAAAGAAAGAUCUGUGCUGCUGAAACCAGUGAAAGCAUUGAACCCUCCCAAGGAAUCAUGCAUGAAGACCUACUCUCAGACUGGGAGAAAAGUCAAGCUGAAAAACUUAGAAUGGAAGAGCAGGACAGAUUGCUGGCAAUCCGCAUACAGAGGAAACUUGACCGGGAGAUGCUCAUUGUUAACAGAAAGAGAGGAUCACCUGAUGAGUAUCUGCUUCGGACCAACAAAUCAUCUUUAAAUUGUGAGAAAAGGAUACGAAAGAAGGAACAACCUUCUGGAAAGUUGCAGACGCUGCAGUCUAGCUACUCGGCACAAGGUAACAAGCAAAGAGAGCGCUCGGGAUCUUUCACUAUAAGCAGGCAGAAAAGUAAAAGCUGGACAGUACACCAAGUUAAAAAUCAAAAACCCCUCCGUCAAGGGCCACUUUGUUGUAUGGAUGCCAACUCUGCAGCACUGAUUCCUGUCGAGGAACUGAGAAACAGUAAAAAACAACAGACUAUCGUUGAAAUGUUCCAGAAGCAUGCAACUAAUUAACAGGCUUGUUUCAAAAUUCACUCACUAUUUUAAUUGCCAGCAGUAUGUUGGUUGGAUGAAUGUAGCUUUCAUGCUACUGCCAAACUAGUGUUUAUUCACAUAAUUCAAUUCUUGUUUGCCAACUUUCCCAUUUGUAUCAAUUCCUUUUUUCAACAUUCAGAAGCUUUGCUGUAAACUAUGCUCUGAGCUUUAAUUUGCCGUUAAAUGUAUUGAAGCAGCCCUUUUUGCUAAGAAUAUUGGUUGUAUAAAUGAACUGUUUGUGAAAGCUCAAGUGAUAUUGCAGCUUAUCUCUCUCUCAACAUUGAAACGUAUUAUCUUUCAGUUUGGGAUCCUGAAUUCUUUGUAAACCAAGUAAUGUAUCCUCAAGCACUGCAUUAAUAAGAGGAAAACGUCACGUUCUAGUGCCUGGCCUCCUUGCAGUUUGACACUUGUGAUUUGUCAAUGUACUAGAUCUGUUUAUAAGAAAACUCAAGAAUCUUAUCGUCCAUUUCAUCACUAAUCCUGAAUGCCAUAGCUCAGUAUUCUGUUAUUCAAUAUGUUUGCAUUAUCCUUUAGUGUUUAAAAGAAGCUAAUAUCUCUAAUUAGACUUUAUCUAUACCAUUGUUUAUAUGGAUGGGUGGAAUGUUGCUAAAAACUUGCGAUAUUCGAUUAUUGAUUGGUUUCAAGUAGUUUGAAUAAUAAAGAAAAGCCAAACAUUUUGUAAGUCUUAAAUAAGAUCAGAGCUGCUGGCAUUACACAGUAGCUUCAGUGAGGAAGAUAGAUUAACAUUUCUCGCAUUGUUCUUGGGUUUGACCGAAAGAUUCCUGGAACUGAAUAAACAAGGACGAUGAA